GAGGAAGAAAGGUAGGUAAGGAAUGUUCCAUUCAACCACACAUACUUGGAAGUUUGUAAAUUCUUCACCAAGAAAGCCAUACACUAGUCGCCACAGAAUUCUGGUUUCUCAUACCUAUGCCCAAUAUGUCACACCUAGGAAGUGGUGAACAUGUGUUACUGACGGGCGCAAACGGAUUCGUCGCCUCCCAUAUCCUCGCUAUUUUGCUUGAGCGUGGAUACGCUGUAACUGCCACCGUGCGCUCCCAGAAUAAGGCGGACGAUAUCAUCAAAACCCACCCCUCGUGGAAGGGCAAGAUCAACUUUGCGAUCGUGUCGGAUUUCACCUCCCAGGGACCAUUCAAUGCCCUGUUCGAAGAUGUAAAAGUGCCCUUCACCUAUAUUAUCCACACAGCAUCUCCCCUGAACUUCAAUGUCAAGGAUAUCCAGAAGGAGAUGAUCGAGCCUGCCGUGAUGGGGACGACGCAAAUACUCGAGAGUGCCCACCACCACGGAGGAACAUCACUCAAACGAUUUGUCCUGCUAGGGAGUGCAGUUUCCGUCCUGAACUCCUUCGAGGAUAUGAGUCGCGAAGGACGCCCUUACACUGAGGAGGAUUGGAACCCAGUCACCGCGAAACAAGCCAUCGAGCGACAGGACACCGUUCUAGGCUAUAACGUCUCCAAAACCCAAGCCGAAGAUGCGGCGUGGAAGUUCAUGAAGACCAACACACCCGCAUUCGAUCUGGCCGUGAUCAAUCCAGACAUUAUCACGGGUCCUAUGAUUCAUCCAAUUUCCGGCCCAGGGUCAAUUAACGAGACCAAUCAUUUCGCGAUCGCGAGCUUUAUUGAUGGGACUAACCCGAAAGUCGAGGAUGUGCGGUUUCCAUUUUAUCACUUUGUCGAUGUUCGCGAUGUCGCAAGAAGCCACGUUGACGCCUUGACUAACCCUGCUGCUGGCGGCCGGCGGAUCCUGCUCAUCUCCGGCUUAAUUACGCCUCAGCUGGUCGUGAAUAUCAUUCGAAAGCAUUUUCCAGCACUGAGGGAAAAGGUCCCGGAGGGUAAGCCUGAGCAGGUUCUACCGGACGGUGUGCAUCCGACGGGAUGGGAUAUGCGGGUUAGCUUAGAUGUCUUGUCGAAGGGGACGGAUGAGGGACAGUGGAAAUAUAUUGAUUUGGAGAAGAGUGUUAGGGAUGCGGUGCAGAGUAUGGUUGACCACAAUGUUGUAUAAGCCUAGGUGUGUCUUGACGGUGCUUGUCUAAGC